AUGGACGCCUCCUCGCGGCCCGGCAGGCCGCCGAGCAUCCCGGAGCUCGUGACGCAGGCCGAAAAUUUUGCAUUUAAUGUCAACAUUCCGCUGCGGCACUGGAUACGAACCGCCGAGACACUCUGUCAAGAGGCCGCGUUUGCCAUGUCCGACAGUGAUUACGGCCGAGCCUACAUGAUGCUAUAUCGACACUCUAUUCUCGUACUGAAUUACAUGUCGACGCAUCCAGAGUACAAAGACCCCCUCGGGCGCAAGUCUGUCAAGGCCCUCCAAGCCCGCAUCGGCGAUGUUAUUCAAGAGUUGGAGAUGCUCAAACCCGCUAUUGAGGGCAGCCGCCAAGAAUGGGAGCGGAUGAAACCAGCGAAGCCACGACAUUCCAUAUCGACCGAUGGCGCAGGAUCCUCUUAUCCUGGGUACGCAUCACGAGCCGCCCGAGAUCCGACCCUGCAACGCCAGACGACCGUCCUCGACGCCGCGGAGCACCAAGACUUGGCCGUGGACCUGGCCCAGGAAGAGGUCGAGCGCCGAACCCGUGUGCGUCGGACGAACAAAGACAGCUACAAAUCGAGGACUACAUCGCUCCGACCCUACUUUGACAGUUGGCGAAAUGACUAUCUUGGCAAAACGGACGAUGUUGAUUUGCAGCAGCAAAUGGCAGCAGUCCGCAACAACCUGGAUCGCAACGCCGAGGCAGCCAACGAAGCUGGUCAUAAUAACCAGGGCCUAUCUGAUUCGGGACGGUAUCAUUAUCCCUCUGUUUCCAAAUCACGCCCAAUCGAUCUUGAGCGGGAGCAGCACCCUGUCGUGCCACCAAAAUUCCCGGCUCUAGUCCCGGAGCGCCCACCAAAGGAACCAACCCGCACAUGGCAGGCAGGUGAAGAGCCGCCUGUACCUCCACCAAAUUACAACCAUUCAUCCAGACCGACAAUACCACCAAAGGCGCCCCUGUCUGCACCGGUAGUGCCCAAGAAGGAGCGACUUACGUUUAAGCCUGGUGCCUACCUGGAGAAUGGAGACCCCAUCCGGUCCAUGUUUAUACCUAGCAAACUUCGAAGGACAUUUCUAGAAAUUGCCGCGAAGAAUACAGCUGCAGGACUGGAAAUGUGUGGGAUUCUCUGCGGAAGCCCGGUCAAUAAUGCACUGUUUGUGCGCUGCCUCAUCAUUCCGGACCAAGUAUGCACCUCGGAUACCGUGGAGACGGUGAAUGAAGGCACACUGGCCGAGUACUGCAUGAACGAAGAUUUGCUCGUGCUCGGGUGGAUUCACACACACCCGACGCAGACUUGCUUCAUGAGCUCCCGGGAUUUGCAUACGCACGCUGGGUACCAGAUCAUGAUGGCAGAAAGCGUGGCUAUUGUUUGCGCGCCCAAAUUCAAACCAUCAUAUGGCAUUUUCAGGCUGACGCACCCGCCCGGGCUAAAUCAUAUCCUCGAUUGCAAGCAAACGAGUACCUUUCAUCCUCACUCACUCGACAAUCUGUACUGCGAGACGGAGCAUCCUACCGGGCAUGUGUACGAGAGCGACAAGAUGCCGUUUGAGGUGAAGGACUUGAGAACGCAAUGA